AUGGCCGCCGCACCCCCACCUUCGCGCCCAAUCAAGAUCCUCAUGAUCCACGGCUUCACGCAGUCGGGCCCCAACUUCCACGCCAAAACCCGCGCCCUGGAGAAGAACCUCCAGAAAGCCUUCCCCGCGGGAAUAACGCUGUCCUACCCGACUGCGCCGAUCCGGCUCGCCCACGCAGACAUCCCGUUCCCGACUGCUGCGCCGGAGGUCAAGGAGAACGGCGAGGCGGAGGAAAGCGAUGCGUGGGCGUGGUGGAGGCGCAAGGGCGACGCCGAGCCGUACACGUACGAGGGGCUGGAGUUGGGCAUGGAGACGCUGGCGCGCGUGCUGAAGGAGGAGGGCCCGUUUGACGGUGUCGUAGGGUUUUCGCAGGGCGGCGCGAUGGCGGCGAUGGUGGCGGCGCUGCUGGAGCCGGAGCGGCGGAAGGCGUUUGAGAAGCUGGCUGUUGAGGGCGGGAUGUCGUUUCCGCAGUCUUUCGAGGCGGAUACGGGAUACAUUGAGGAGGCAAUCCACGCGCCGCUCAAGUUUGCGGUCAGUUAUUCCGGGUUUGCGGCGAGGGGCGUGGAUACCUACCGCGGGUUCUAUGAGCCAAAGAUCAAGACGCCUAUGCUGCACUUCAUCGGGACGCUUGAUACGGUCGUGGAAGAGUCGCGGAGCUUAGCGCUAGUAGAGCGGUGCGAGCAGAGUGUAGACCGGGUGGUGUACCAUCCUGGUGGCCACUUCUUGACCACACAGAAGACGUAUGUUGCAGCGCUGGUGGGCUUCAUAAAAGAGACCCUGCAUAAGGCGGACAAUGGCGAGCAGGAAGAGGAGAGCGUAGAGGACAUGGACGUGCCAUUUUAG